AUGAUGCGAUCGUAUCUUUUGGUCGGAUUCAUGACCGCCCUUUGCCAACCGGCCUACGGUGUAGUAUUUCGUGAUAAGAUUAAGCAAGUUGUCAGGGGCGACUCUCUUUCGUUACUGCAUGAUGCCGAGGAUGCAACAUCUGUGAGAUUCGGCAAGCCACCAAAUCUUGAGGCGCAGGUCUGGAAAUUCGAUACUGAGGGCUUUAGUCCGGAUGAAGCUGUUAUCACGCCUCUGGACUCCUACAAGACCCUGCUAUGUGAGGAGGGCAGCAAAUGCAGGCUGGAUCCUGAAGGAACAAAACAACCCUAUUUGGUCACUAGGGUCGAUGAGACACGUCCCAUUUUCACCUUUCAAGACACUCUUUCGAAGCUCUAUAUGUCACGCACAUCUGACCUGUACCUGGAGCUGACCCCAGUCACUUCUGAUUCCAUUUAUUUUGAAUUAGAAGCAGUCCACGGUAUGUUGAAAAUCCCAGUUAAUUCCCAGUAA